UCCAGGGAUCCAAACAAAUAAAGAAAAAUCAACCAUUCAAUCGAUCCAUCUUCAUGUUCCAUCACAUGUUACCACAUGGCUUAUAUAUCUCCAGCCCCCACUCCGCUCCCCAGUCCUUUUACUGGUAUGAACAGCAGCUUAUGAACUGAAAACUCCCGCGAACCCACCUUCCCUGUGCCAACAAGCAGUUGUUUGUUUCUUGGAUUAACUUUUUUUUUUCUUUCAUUUUCGGACUAAACAAACAAAAACAAAAUGUGGGUGAGUUAUUUCGUGGUGUGUACAUCCCAUGCAUGUCACUUUCAUAGCCAUUACUCCACUCUUUCCCUAUAAAUAUUUCCAUGUCCUUUCUCUGAGAGAAUCAUCAUUAAUGCUUUCCCGUUCAUCUUCGCUGCACUCGUUUUCUCUUUCUCUCUCCCUGUUUUCUCUUUUCAUUUCUUUCUUGUUCUGUGCAACUCAAAACUUCAAAAAAAGAAACCCCUCAUUAAUUCUCUUCUCUGUUUGUACGUGUUUUUGUUUUUUUUUUUCUCGCAAAGAUGAUUUUCAACUUUCAACUUUCAACUUUCUUUAAUGUUGUUUUUGUCAAACAUAAAUACUUACACUGUUUUAUAUACCGCAUAUUAAUUGAAAAGCAGUAUAAGCCAGCUUGAAACUCGCUGAUCGUUCUUUCUUGCACCGACUUUAUUAUAUUUAUUUAUUAGAUAAUCACUAUGAGUUUGCCUAGAUAAGAUCAAACUCGCAUUUAAAGCAUCUGUUUCCGUCUCUCUUUUGUACUUUUUUGUGUUGCUAUAUGAAUUACUUCACUGCAAUCGUCGCUCAAAAACACAAACUCUCUCUCUCUCUCUCUUUGCUUGGUAGAGUUUUAGAGUGAACUCAGUGAAGUUUGUUCUCAAAAUUUGAAGGGUUUUGUAGAUUUUUUCAUUGUUGAAUUAGUGUUUAUUUUGGCGGUGUUGGUUUGAAAAACAAUAUUGAUAAAGAAAAAAGAUGGGGAGGACGCCAUGUUGUGACAGGAAGGGUUUGAAGAAAGGGCCAUGGGCUCCUGAAGAAGAUGAGAUCCUUGUAAAUUAUAUCAAGAAAAAUGGCCAUGGAAGCUGGCGUUCUCUUCCUAAGCUUGCAGGUCUUCUUCGGUGUGGCAAGAGUUGCAGGCUUCGGUGGACAAAUUAUCUUAGGCCAGACAUAAAACGCGGUCCCUUCACCCCUGAGGAGGAGAAGCUUGUCAUUCAGCUUCAUGGCAUUCUUGGAAACAGGUGGGCUGCCAUUGCCUCUCAACUACCAGGAAGAACGGAUAAUGAGAUCAAGAACCUAUGGAACACUCACCUGAAGAAACGCUUACUUUGCAUGGGUCUUGAUCCACAAACUCACAAGCCCUUUCCCCCUUGCGGUCCAACCACAGCAGCACCCACAUCUCCCACCACCCGGCACAUGGCUCAAUGGGAGAGUGCUAGACUCGAAGCAGAGGCUCGCCUUUCGAAGGAGUCACUGCUCUUCAGUUCACCACCAUUCGGGAAACCUGACUCUGAUUAUUUUUUACGCUUAUGGAAUUCUGAAGUUGGAGAAUCUUUUCGAAAGUUGAAUACAGAAGAUAAAACUGCUUGUCAAAGCCCAAUUUCGCAGACAUCUUCAUCAACAAAAUGUGGAUCAGUUUCAGUUGUUACGGUUGAUAUUUGCCCUAACAUAGCAGGGUCCUCAACCCCGGCAAACAAUCAAAUUGAGGAUAUAGAGUGCAAGAGCUUCAAGUCAUGCAAUGAGGAUCCACCCGAUGCAUCCGAUUCAUCAUGUUCAAACGAGUCAGAAGAUUCAUCAGAUACUGCACUGCAACUGCUGUUGGAUUUCCCCAUUAACAAUGACAUGAGCUUCUUGGAAAAUGUUGAUACUUUUGUCACAUCUGCCGCAAUGUUGACUGAGACAUCCCUUAUCUCCCCCUCUGGAGGUUACCUGGCGGCAUGAUUUGUAUGAUAUUAUGCUUAUUGCUUAAAUUUUGAUCCAGAUUUUAGUGCUAAAGCCAGUUGUAUGCUAAGAUUAUUGCCUAUUGGCCUAACUUUUUUCCUAUGCUAGGCGGUUAGCUGGUCAGGGGAGGCGAUGCCACCAUUGAACGCAGUUUCUUUGUCACAUAUGGUACUAGUAGAUAUGAAUUCCUUUGUAACCUCUGCAACUUUUAAUCUGGGAUUUGCAAAUGCUAUCCUUAUUAACUGUAUCCGCGGAAAUAUAUGAUUCCAUAUUCAUCAGAAUUCUUAACAUUCCAGUAUUCAUUAUAAAGAUCUGCCAGGUACCGUGUAAUUUAUUGAGGAAGCCAAAUGAUGCUACUUUUACUAGAAAUUUCUCUACAACCUUUGGAUUACAUUGUGCAAAGUUUCCUAUUUGAGUAAAUGUAAAUUCUUGAAUUUACAUUUUACCAAAGAAGUACUGCACAAAUGCUUGAAUUUCU